AUGAACGCCACUCUCAAGCCGAGUCAGCCUUAUGCAAUACUUAAUAACGAUAGUUUGUUGGAAGAAGAACUAGUCCGCACCCCAACUGCUUUUGAACACUGUUUUGACAUCUUUAACCAAGAAUAUGACAAGUUCAAAAGGAUUAUGCCAUUUAAUGGGGUCUACGCCAUACAAACGCUAGCAGCCCUUAUCAUUAUUUCGAUAAUCCUAGUUGCUUCUAUCAAUAUAACCCUAUCUUGGGGAACCCUGGAUACUUUAACUUGUGCUUUGAUUGGCAUAAGUUUUGCAAUCUGUAUAAUCUCGUCAGUAGUUGAAACCGUAGUAUUCGUAGGUAGUGGUAUUGCCGGUGCCAAAUCGUCUAAAAACUCACAGAGCAUGCUCUUGGUGAUCGCCGACAUAGUGACAUAUAUAUUAAGCUCUAUGGUUCUUAUCCUUAUUGGAGUUUGUCUCAUAAUUGUGCUGGCAUCCUCUCCUAAAAUAGUGACCCCAAUUCUCGGUGCUUUGGCUGCUCUAAUCUAUCUCCUAAUCAGAACGGCUCAGACGGUUUCUAUUUGGAGAUGUAUGGUAAAAGAGUCCAUCGGGAACACUGGCAUAACCUCAAAGCGCAAGCAAGGAUUCUACUUGGCGAUGUCCACCUACAUAGUAGAACUGGUAUUCACUGGCGCGCUUUUUGGAAUGGCUAUCUUUGCUUUGACUCAACCUAGCUUCCUUGACCUACUCCAACUCUCUGCUGAGCAUACAGACGCCAUUUGUAAGGUCUUCACGAAAAUAACGACAUUCAUCUAG